AUUUAUUUUUGUUUUAUUUUAUUUUGCUGUUCGAUUAGAGCUGCACUCAGCGUCUACGCAUCAACACAAGCAUCGGCAUCGUUCGUUAACCUUACCCCGGCUGCUUCCUUCCACAAUGCGCUAAGAAGCUUUGCAUUCUACAGAAAAUAUGUCAGCUAAAGGCAAAGAGCCAGCUGCCCAAAAGGAUGCUGCGCCCACGAACCCGAGAGGCAUUCCCUAUGCACCAUUUGUCGAUAAAGUCGAAGAUUAUGUAACCACCAGAGACGAUGUGCAGUCGACUCUCCGCAGCUUCCAGGAGAUGAUCUCGAAAUACCAAUUUAUGGAGUUAAAUCUGCAGAGGAGAGUAGCUGGCCUGAAGGAUAAGAUGCCUGAUAUAGAAAAGACUUUGGAGACAGUCAAAUUUUUAAAAACGAGGACGGGAGAAUCAGAUCCUAUCGAAACCACGUUCGAACUAAACGACACCUUGUACGCGAAAGCGUCGAUACCACCUACGGACGAGGUCUAUUUGUGGCUUGGUGCGAACGUUAUGCUGGCAUAUCCUAUUGAUGAGGCCGAGACACUCCUCACCUCUAAAUUAUCCGCUGCGAAGCAAAGCUAUACUAAUUGCGAGGAAGAUUUGGAUUUCCUUAGAGAACAGAUUACGACUAUGGAGGUUGCAAUAGCACGAGUGUACAAUUGGGACGUGGUGCAAAAACGGAAAGAAAAGGCGGAAGAGGAAGGCAAAGGGAAGGGCACUGAAGGUGUCGACCAGCCAAACGGAUAAAGUCCUCGAAUCCUUGGUGAUCAAGCUCAGCCAGAUAAAGUAGGACUAGACGAUUUUUGGUCAGCAUUCACCUUCCGUGACCGAAAGGCCUGCGAAAUUACCGUAUCGGAAUUCGUAAAUUGGCACAUGUGUCUUGGUUUACCAACACCAACCAGCCAACCUCUGGAUCUUACACAGUGCAGGUGAUGACGCAAUAUUGAACCCUUCGUCUAAAAGAUUAUAUCCCCAAGUUACGUAGUACGUAGGUGAAUUAGGAGAAUGAUAACCUUAAAAUUCAUUACUCGCAUUACUCUCCUAAACCUACACUUAUGUAUAAAUCCAUAUACGUGUACCCCGUAAUUUUAUUCGAAUCUUAGUGGUUUAGUUGGGUUCUAUGAAGCGCAGAUGUCGAUGUCAU